AUUAUCAAUGAGGGAGUUGUCCAGACAUAUCUUGUUCAUAUGAGAUAAAGUUAUUUAUAAAAGUUUACAGGAGAGAGUUGAUAAUGCUUUUGAACCCGUUAUUAAGACUGAUAUGGCUCGCAAUGAUUUCAAAGAACACGAUUGACAUAACACAGACCGAUAUAAAAAUUAGGAAUGAAUCGAAGAAAUUGGAGAAAAUUCCAAAAUUUGGGAAUGAGCUGACGAAAAAUGCCAAAUUGAGGCUUGGUGUGAUGUUGGAAGUUUUUAGGAUUCUAAUGAGGAAGAAAAAGACAGAAUUUAUAAAAUUAGGAAAUGGUUAUAGGCCUCUAGGAGUAGAGAAAUUUAUGGGUAUAGACACGCGUAACAACGAUAUUGAUAUCAUGCAGACUCAUAUACGAAUCCAUCCAAAUCCCCUAAGUAAGAAGAACACCGGAAGUGACGACAACAAGAUCGUCAUAUCGCAGACGGGAUACAGUCUUACGAUACUGCCAAGUGGGGAGGUGAAGGGAUCUCAUGACCUUAGAAAUCAAAAUAGUGUUGUCCAGGUGAUACAUGUAUAUGCAGGAAUAGUUCAUAUCAAAGGCAUUUCCACUCAGCGGUAUUUAGGCAUGGACGCGAGCAGCAACGUGAUAUCAACGCCUCACGUGACAGAUGAAAACUUAUUCAUUCUCACAAUCCAUGAAAAUAACUAUACUUCACUUAAGUCUUAUAAAUAUGGAGGUCACAACUGGUAUUUAGGAAUCAACAGACGAGGACGUAUGAUCAAAGGACGAAAUACAGUAUUUGGUACCAAGCCUACGAUGUUUUUAAUUGCGCCUCAACAUUCUUGAUCGAUGCACCGAAAAUCCAAACGCAUUUAGGGUGUUCCUUGAAUGGGCACUUCGAGUGUGUUUACCUGGACGUAAUCAGUUUAAGAAUAAAUGGAACAUUUGCAAUUCUAGUAUAGCACAUCCUUGUUGUAUGCAGCACGCAUUAAUAGCAUGAAUAG